CUGUAUGUCAACACUCUAUUCUGCAGUUCCGCCCUCCUCGCAGUUACAGUAGCUUUAGUGCUGCGGAUCAAACGCUUUCAAGCUGCAACUUGGUUGGAACCAUGCGCUCUAUUUCAGGUUUAAUUGCUGUGGUCGUCUCGGCUACUUUUUAUCUCUAUCUUCUGUCUUCAUACCUCCCUCCGGGACCGCGACACUUUCGCCAGGAAAACGAAAGAGAGAAGUCUGUAGAAGACAGGGACGAAUUGGUAGUCGAAGAAUACAGCCUGAGGUUUCCGUCCGACCUGGAGGAGCUGCGGGAGCUGGCCGCCCUGCUGCAGUUCUAUAAGACGGAGCACACGGCCUACGUGCUGCUGCUCUUCUGCAGCGCCUACAUCUACAAGCAGUCCUUCGCCAUCCCCGGCUCGUCCUUCCUGAACGUCCUGGCGGGGGCGCUGUUUGGCCCCUGGCUGGGCCUGCUGCUUGCCUGCCUGCUCACCACUGUGGGGUCCACCUUCUGCUACUUGCUGUCUCAGGUGUUCGGCAAAACCUACAUCGUGCGGCUCUUCCCAGACAAGGUGGCUGUAUUGCAGGGGAAGGUGGAGGAGAACAGGAGCAGUUUGUUUUUCUUCCUCCUCUUCCUGCGGUUCUUCCCCAUGACUCCUAACUGGUUCCUGAACGUCACCGCCCCCAUCCUCAACAUCCCCAUCACCCUCUUCUUCCUCUCCGUCUUCAUUGGCCUGAUCCCGUACAACUUCAUCUGCGUACGGACCGGCUCCAUCCUGUCGGAGAUCUCGUCCCUGGAUAACCUGCUGUCCUGGGGAUCCCUGCUCCAGCUGCUGGCCAUAGCCUGCGCUGCCCUGCUGCCCGGCACGCUGAUCCGCCACUACGGCCGCGCCCAGCUCAAACUGCAGGGGCUGGAGCGCAACGGCCACGCCCUGGACAAGAAGAGCACAUGACCGGGGCCGCCCCGCCCACAACGCCUUCUCACGCACACACGCCAUCACCCGCUUCAUAUUCAAAGGGAAAAUAUUGUCGUUUUUUUAUUUCAAAUCUGUUUUGUUUCGUUUUUUUGUCUUGAAAACAUCUGCCCUUGAAGAAAACAAAUCCGGCUGAAGCCUUCUGGCUUUUUCAAAUCUUUAUUUUUUUAUUUUGUGUCAUGUAUUUAUUUUAUCUAGAGGAUUACGUUUCCUUUGAGAAACAGUGUCAGGUGGUUUUGUGUUACAUGUACUUUCAUGUGUGAAGUUGGUUUGUCUGUAUCCUGAUUCUUCUGCUCCAUUUGAGCUGAAAGACUCAAUCUCCCAGCAGCCCCUUCUUCUCCCGGCUGCUACGUCCUCUGGAGAAAGCUGAAGAGGGGGUGGAUGGUUAGGGAGCUGUGGAAGACAGGGAUCACACUGAGACGUCCAUGUUAUGAGUCCAUGAAUCUGCACACAGCAAGCGACUCUUCACGACAGCCUUCAUAGCCAGCACCAGCAGGAACAAACCUGUAUGUUUGUGUGCAAGUGUAUGUCCAUGUACACUUGUGUGAAACAUUGGUCAUUUUUUUAUGUUCAUGAUAUGUGCCCACCAUUUAUUUUACAAUCUUCGGUGCUGCUUUUACUAGACAGAAUACUCUACUUUGACCAGUGGAAUGUCUUUCUGAAGAAAUUCAUGCUCAAAAGGGAGUAAACGGGCAUAAAACACAGUGUCCACUGUUUUUAAAAACACGAGUCUGAGGACAAAACUUUUAUCUUGGUACAUUAUGAAUAUGAGCCUUUUCCCUGAUGGCUUGGACCUGUAGGCUCCUAUAUGGUUCAAAUCUCUGGAGCAUGUGUGUGUCUUAAGAGAUUUUUGCACACAUGUUUCAAUCCUUAUUCUUAAAGUGCUUGGACUUGUAACACAGCCUCAUCAACACCAAGGGUUAAUAGUAUAUUACGAGACACCAAAAUGUCUGAUCUUCAAGUGCCUUACUAAAUGCCCCCAUCAACAUCCACCUACACCAGAUAACUACCUCGAUGCAAUGGGGACAGUACAUCUCAUUCAUUAUUAACUUGGUCAUGAAACAAUAUAUGUUCACUAAUCUAUGAACAUUAUAGACGAUCCUUUGUUUACGAGAGCAAAUCCAUUUUUAUUGCUGUUGGCUGCGUAUAGCCAGAAUCGAGUUUAUUGCAACUCAGCUGUGAAUGGCAUCAGUAUUCACCAAUGGCGUGCAGAGACAGUAUGACCCGCCCACCAGGGCCCAGUGCUGUAAUCCCUGGUGUUUCUGGAACUGCAUACUGCUUACUGCAUGAGAAACCCGCGUCAUACACGUGAACCAUCCGUAGUGUGUGUAUGAGCGAGUGUGACUGAAUUCACUUUUCAGUAUCAAGGCUGCUUUUGUUUUGUGUGUCCUGAUAAUCUGGGAAUACCGUUUUUGUUCAUUAAAAAAAAUCAGAGGGAGAUUUAUUUCUUGUUGAUGUCCCCAUAUGAAGGAACAACAUCCUGAAAUAAUUGCAGUUUAAAUUGCUCUAGCUGUAUUAUUAUUAUUACUUGACAUACCAAUAACAUAUUUGACAUUUUUAAAUAUGUUCUGCUAAAAGUGUUGUCCAACAUCUUUCAAACUUUCAACCAUGUCAGCACAAGUUGUGACGGUAGGGAAAAAAACAAUACCUUUGUAUUAUCCAGUAUGGUUUGGCCACCGAUAAAAGUGAUGGCCAUUAUUUUCUCACAGAACCUUGUGUUAACAACACAAAUAAAUGAAUGUAUUUUCAUACUGCUAUACUAUAGCAAGCAAUUGUACUGGACUAUUCUAAAUCAAGGGUGUGAAACUAUUUUUACAUCCACAUGUAAAUAAUAUCUGUGACGUGUUUCCUCAUGGGAGGUCCAGCGGUAAAGUGUUCCGUUCACAGUGACUGACUGCUUAGACAAUGGGAAGUGGUUUUUUUGCCGAACUUGACUUGUUUGGUCAUCUACUCUGCAUUUUUCAAUUUUUCAUUUUCCAGUGUUCCUAAAGCAAGCGUAGAUGACCUUGAAGACAAAGUUAUCUGGGAUCUAUUAAGGGGAAACCCCUUUGUCCUCCUGCUCCCCUUCUGUUUGUCGUUCUCGCGGUUGUGUGUGCAUUUGUGUUUGCAUUAUGUGGGAUUCAGUGUGAGUUGUGCAUACAUCUUACAUCUCAGCCAUGUCCAGAGUUUGCCUUUUGAUUGUUUUUCUGCAACUUGUGUUUGUUGUGUAUACUGAGUUUACCCAGCCCAAUUUGCCUGACAAGUCUUUUGGAUGUACAAUGCCGUGUCUUAUUGAGUUUAAGUAUUGCAAAGUAUAGUAUUUCAGUAUUUUGUUUACACACACACACAGACACACACACACUCACCUGUCACUGUACAGGUCUACCUAAUAAAGUGGUCACUGAGUGUAUAGUAUAUAUGCUUUACUGUUCUUAAGAGAUGUCCCAGCCUAAGUGCUCAUCCAAAAAGAACAGUUAACUAUCAAACCUAAAAGAACCCUCAGCAGGUCUGGCCUACACAGUCACUGUGGUGAUGCUGGUCCUGGGGCACUCUCACUCGGAGAGGAACUGCUGUUUUCACAUAGUAGGCACAGUCACAAUGAAUUAUGAGAUGAACAAAACGACCUAAUCUGUAUACAUACUCCCAGCUCCCACGUUAAGCAUGGUUUCAGUCCCUGCGUCUCUGCACACAUCCACACGUAUCAUGUAUAUAUGGAAUGUGAUUAACUUUUUUAAGUGCAACAUUGUUUGUAAACGUACUUUGGUUUGGUUCUAUCUCUAUUGGGCUCUAAUAAAGACUUGAACAUUUCCUCUGA